UAUGAUGUGACAUCAUUUGGAACAAAUUGAUUGACAAAUUCAUAAAAAAAAAUGGAAUGAUAAAAAUAGAGAUAUGACAAAAAAAUGUACCGUGACAUGGACUCCUGUCGGCGCGAUGAGGGUUGACGAUGACAACUUUACCACCUUCUCUUUCACUUCACUUUUACAUGUUUUAUACGCUCAACAGAACAGAACUACACAUUUGGAAGAAAUUACGUCAUGGGAGGCAAAAAGAAAAGGUUAUUUUGCAGAACAGGAAGUGAUGAACUACUGCAGAAACUUUUGAAGACAGGAAUCAUAGUUUUCUUUUGUAUUGAACACGCUGGCUGCAGUUGGUCGCUAUUGCUCUACUCUAUCAGGCAUUACAUAUUUUGUAAAUUCUUUGGGACAACCUUUUGUCAUACUCGAGGUAGACUCAAUGGCUGAGAGACAGGACAUCAAUGGAAGCACCAAUGACUCAUGCACCAAUCUCUAUGACCACCGGACCACGGCCCAGCUGCUCCUACCCUUAUGCUACUCCAUUGUCUUUUUUGUGGGCUUGUUUGGAAACACCUUGGCUCUGCAUGUAAUCCGCCCCAACUUAAAGAACCUGAACUCCACCACACUCUACUCUACCAACCUGGUAGUAUCUGACAUAAUCUUUGCACUUGUUCUACCACUUCGCAUUCUCUACUAUGCUAUGGGCUUCCAUUGGCCUUUGGGAGAAGGUCUCUGCAGGGCCACCAGCUUGAUCUUCUACAUCAAUACCUAUGCUGGGGUCAACUUCAUGGCCUGCCUGAGUGUGGACCGGCUUGUUGCCAUGGUACUUCCACUGCGCUACAGUUUUUUGCGCAGCGUCCGGACCGUCCGAAACAUCUGCAUUGCAGUCUGGCUCCUAGUGCUGUUACAGACCUUGCCCCUGCUGUCCAUGCCAAUGACCAAUCAAGAGUCUGAUGGCUACAUCACUUGCAUGGAAUACCCCAACUUCGAGAAGGUGGACAAUCUGCCCAGCCUGCUCAUUGCGGCAGUAAUCCUGGGUUACGGCAUUCCGGUGGUGAUCAUCAUGACGUGUUACAUCGUGUUGAGCUGGAAGUUACAUGUAAGUGCUAGAAAUAAUCAGGUUAUGGAGAAGUCACGCCGGCACAAGAAGGCCAUCGGGAUCAUCUGUGGUGUGACUCUGGUAUUUGUGGUGUGCUUCAGCCCGUAUCACAUUGACAUCCUCCAGUACAUGACCCGGAAGCUGCUUUACAAACCCGACUGUACAGAGCUUCAGUCCUUCCAGGUGUCCCUCCACGUCACUGUGUGCCUCAUGAAUCUCAACAGCUGCCUGGACCCUUUUAUCUAUUUUUUCGCCUGCAGUGGCUACAAGAAAAGGAUUAUGAGGAUAAUUAAGAGGCCGGUGAGUUUGUCUUUCACCAGUGCUACUAAAUCUUCCCCAGACAGCUGCUCGAGGGACCCUGCUGAAAGUACUAAAAUACAGCUGAACACCUUAAGAAGGAACCCUUAGGAAUUGCCAUGCGACACAUUUGAUGGGACUGAACCCACUGUUACAGCAUCCAUAGAUUCUCUAGGCCAGUAAAUAUUCUGCAUAAAAUGUCCUGGAUAAGCAGCAAACCUGUUGUGCUCCCUAAAUGUGUCAUGAAGAGAAUGACCUGUAUUAAAAAGGGCGAAUAUAUAUGUGUUCUGUCUGUGUUUACAAUAACAAUUGCACAUAAUACAACACAUGUUCUUUUAAAUAAA